UGGCUAACAAGUGUGUGGGUCUGGUUUCCUAGAAGGACUCAAAAUGAAAGUGAAAGCUUUAUUAUAAACUGCUGGGAUUCUUUUCGUUUUCAUUUUAAGUAUCAUUGCAGUGAACAAGCUCAGGAUGGCGACAGCUCACGCAUCUGACAAUGAAGAUCCCACUGAGGCCAGUGAUGAGUCGGCCAGAGACAAAGAUUCAGAUGCAGACACCGGUACUCAGGUUAUAGUGAAGGAGCCCUGCAGGUUUUACAACAAGGGCCACUGUCGGGACGGUGACGCGUGCCCUUACUGGCACGUCUGCAAGUUUGCCCUGAGCGGAAACUGUCGAUAUGGGUCCGGAUGUAAGCUGAAACACCCCAGAGGAGGAAGAAAGUCCACUCAGGCUGGCGGCGGCACCAAAGAGCGUUCUACAUCCAGAGAUCGAAAGAUUACUGAUGGCCGACUCUACCAGUGGCAGUUGCAUGAUGGCACCGGCUGGAAGGAUGUUGAUAAUGAUCACGUGAUCGAGGCCCAGUACUGCCUGCCCCACACCCAAAGCAUUAAAAUCUACAACACAAAGUUUGGGGCUGUGAACAUCGACUUCAACAAGAUGACAGUGUGUGGGAAAAAGCUGAGAGUGAGACGUCUGGAUGAUGGAAACACUGAGUGGGUCUGGUUCUGCACUUUGUAUAGUAAGUGGGUCAAGUACGGAGACAAGGAUCCAGGCGGAAAUCCCACUACGGCGAACAGCUCGGACAUAGAGCAGAAGUUCCAGAGUAACCCAUUGAGCUCUUUUACUUUCAACAUUGGUGCUAGAACUUUUGAAAUUAAAUUCAGAGAAAUGCAACAGGUGAGUUCAGACAGAGAGAGGAAAGUCACUCGCCGUCCACUUUACCGACAGCGCCAAGCAGGGGCAGGGGUUUCUCAAGGCAAAUCGGUUUCUCAGAAUACUGCUGUGGGCACCAAACCACAGUGGCAGUUUGAGGGAGACAGAGGAACUUGGCACAACUUCAAAAACACGAGAAGUGCAAAUGAACCCUCAGGUACCAGCGAUGACAUUGAGAAAAUGUUCCAGCAAGACCCCAACGGCACCAUGAUCUUCAAAGUGAACGCAAACUCCUACACUCUGGACUUCGGAGCAUUGAUCCAAACCAACCUCAAGACCAAGUUUACGCGCAACAUCAGACGUGUGCUGGUGUGAGCAUCGAAGAGGAGUGUGACCUCCAGAGGACAGUCUGGAAGAAAUGAAUGUGGAGACCGUUUUUUGUCACUGACUUUCAAUAGAAUAUUAUCUGGAGUAUAUUGGUAUUAUAAUGGUUGAUUUACUAUUGUGUUUAGAAUGAAAUUCAGGAUCAGAUUACAUUUUUCUGAAAAACGUUAAGGAAACGUUAACUGCCAAUUUGCCUUAUCUUACGAACUUUUUCUUUCUUAUGAACGAUUUGUUUUCUUUGAUUUAUCACAUUCACAUUGCAGCAUUACUACCAGCACACUGCCAUAACAAAGUAAUGCAAGUAUUGUAUGUUGAUAAAUCUGAAAAAGAAAAUAAGCGGUGCGACAAUCACCCCACAAGUUAAUAUUAUAUGUUGCAGCACAUCACACACGGCUUCUCUUGUAACAGAAGUGACUGACUCUUUUUCAAAUGUAAUGCAAAUCAAUUGAAGACCAUUUUGUUUGUAACUUUUCAGGUGUUUUUAAUGACUUUUAAAAUCAUAACACAGGUUUACACAAUCCAUGCUAUGCAAUCAAAUCUAUAUGAUGUUAUAA